AUGCGUACCUUUGCCACUCAUCUCAGUAUUUUUACACAGCAACAGCAAACUUUGAACGAGGUUGAGAAUCUUUAUUUUCACAAUUCACAUCUCCGAGGUUCCAAAUCGUUUCCACUGCCUACUGUAGUAGCGACCACACAACAGCAACAUCCUUCAUUUUCUAUACCAAUCACAAACACAGUCCAGUCGUCUUUGUCAUUCAAACUUGCGCCAUCAAGCCUAGGACGUAUCGCCCAGAGUUUGAAUCAAACCGCCGCAAUUGACCAAGACAUAACGUCUUCCUCUCGCCAGGAGAACAACGUGAAUCGUGAUAAAGAAACUGCUCAAAUGCCACCACCACAAAUCAUUCUAUCUCUGGAUAAUAUUGAUCCUGCUCUAAGAUCUGAUCUGCCGUCGACAUCAUCGGACGUGGUGGUCGAUUCUCAUAACAGGGCAACCCCACCAGCUGGUUCUGGCGCUAUUGUUCCCAGUACGUCGAACGAAGACAUCAACAUACCACAACGAGAGUUAUCUCUUCCCACCGCAUCACUUACACCACCUGAGGAAAAUUCUGAAUCACCGGUAGACUCGCAAUCAUCGAUGGCGAAUCACACAUCUGGAAUGUCGUCGCAUUUUCGAAUGCCAAAAGCACCCCAUACCCCUAAACCCCCUACUUCAUUGACAUCUAAAGACAUGUAUAGCUUUUCAUCGACUUCCACGCUUACUUACGACUCUUUCUGGUCCUCGCAUUCGGGGUCAACUACUCCACGGCCACGGCCUUCUAGGGAGCCUUCAACCAAUGAAUUCACCCCAACUUUCCAAAUACCGGGAGAUUUUACGAGUGGCAUACCUGAGCCAGGUCGCGCUCCGAACAGUUCACAUCAUAAUCCACUGCCUAGUAUGACACCUCAGCAAUGA